UUUUUCAAUUAGUCAGCCAUCAGCAAGAAAAAACGUAAGAUGAAGUACACGAGAAGAAGUAACAACUUUCUUUGUAUUAGUAUUGCUUUAUGUGUCGGUGGUCUGUGUUUAAUUGUAAGCCGACCUAUUAUUGGCGAUUGUUUGCUAUCUCUAGAAUGCAACCCCCUUUUAUUUAAUAUGUGGAAAAAUGUUGCCUACGACGUAUACGUCGAACUAUAUUUAUUCAACUGGACCAACCCCGAAGACCUCCACAAUAUGUCUGUUAAACCCAGGUUUGAAGAAAUCGGACCGUUUGUCUUCCAAUUAGACGAAGAAAAGUGGAAUAUUGUGUGGAACAACAACGGUACGGUUACAUUCCAGCAGCGACGAUUUUGGUACUUUAAAGACAAUGAAAGAAGCAGUUUGGACAAAAAAGUCACCAACGUUGACGUGAUAUUCCUAGGCAUAUCCUACGCAACGCGAAACUGGAACUACUACGUUCGUAAGGGAGUGUUUUUAACUUUGUCUACCUACUUCCCAAAGAUAUAUAGAACCCAAACAGCCCGAGAUUUACUUUUCGACGGAUACCCGGAACCCGUUCUAGGGAUAGUAAGCGCCAUGCCUUUUUUUAAACAUUUGGAGGUACCCCGCUGGAAUCGAUUUGGCUGGCUGUACUCCCGAAAUGGUUCUUCAGAAUGCGACGGCGUUUUCAAUGUAGGUACCGGGAGGAAUUCGGUUUUGGGAAAAAUGUACAACUGGAACUACCAAUCAAGAACUGGGUACUUUGAAGGCGACUGCGGGAAGGUUUCUGGCUCCGCUUCGCAGAUGUAUCCCAGGAAUCUUGUCCGCGGUGAACCCAUUGAAAUUUUCUCCACGGAUUUAAGGCGAACUAUUUUUCUCAAAUACGUAGAAGACGAAUACGUAGAAGGAAUUUUAGGUUAUCGCUAUACCGCAACGAACUAUACAAUGGAUAAUGGUACAAUUGACGCCAAAAAUAAAUGUUUUUGUCCUGAUGAAUGUAUACCUUUUGGUAUGAUGAAUCUGUCUUCGACUAGACACACUGCUCCUAUAUUUGUUUCGUUACCUCAUUUUUACACAGCCGAUCCUUACUACAUUAAUUUAGUUGAUGGUUUGAAGCCAGAUGAAACUGCACAUGAUUCUUGGAUGAUUGUGGAACCUAUUACUGGGACGAUAUUAAAGACUGGUGUGAAAAUUCAAGUUAAUGUAUUGAUGCAGCCAGUGACCGGUACUGGUACCCAGUUGUUUGAAAAUGUGCGAAAACUAUUUGUUCCAAUGGUGUGGAUGAAUUUCAAGACAACAAUUCCUUUCAAGGGACAGCUUUUUGUGAAAAUCGUCCUGAUAGUACUUCCAGGAAUUACAUGUUUAGGUGUUAUUAUGAUAAUAACUGCAGCUUUUUUGCUGUGGUAUGAACGUAGAAAUGAUCCAAGACGGCUACAGAGUUUAUCGCAAGUACAACUUCGAGAAAAUCGGUCAAAAUCGUGACAAUAAUAAAAAUAAUUAAAAUUUA